UUUCCGAAGUGAGCAGAAGAUGCUACUCCAUUACCGUAUAGAGAAAUUAAUUAAUUUGUAAAUUAAUAUUUAACGAAGUGUUGAAAUGCCAUAAUUGUGAUAAAGAAUUAAGUGUUGUGUGAAUAUUAUCUGAAAUUCACACCAUGUUGGACGUUAAUUCGAGCUCAGUAAAAUUUCAACAAGAUGAGCCGAUGCACGAGAUGCCCACGUUGCAAUGCAGCGAAUGGACUUAUACUAUGAGGAGGAACAUGCAAGAAAUCGUCCCGGGGCUCUUCCUAGGCCCAUACUCCUCUGCUCAAAAGCACUGCCUCAAAACUCUACGUGACCACGGCAUUUCGCACAUAAUUUGCGUUAGACAAGACAUAGAAGCCCAGUAUAUUAAACCCCAAAUCAAUGAUCUCUCUAUAACGUAUUUAACGCUAAACAUAGCCGACACAGCAACAGAAAACAUCAUCAGAUUCUUUCCGACUGUGAGACAAUUCAUUGAUGAGGCGUUUCAAAGGAAUGGAAAAGUUUUAGUACAUGGCAACAAUGGCAUUUCCAGAAGUGCCACUUUAGUCUUAGCCUACAUAAUGGAAAAGUAUGGAUUAAGUAGCAAGGAGGCUAUAGAAUGUGUAAAACAACGACGAGGAUGUAUUCAUCCAAAUGAAGGUUUUUUAGCACAAUUGAUUGAAUAUGAGCCAAUUUAUAAAGCGCGACAAACUUUAGAAAAAGGUGAAACUUCAAAUGAUAACAAACGUCUGAAACGUAAGUCAGAGCAACUGUGCGAAAGUAUAGACUAUGAUCUCAUCCAACCGCCUCCAAGUCCGAUUUCUGAUAAUAAUAAUCACGUCAUUAACUGCCAACCUGACUUUUCUAAUCAUUUAUAUAAAUUAUGGAUGAUGAAGAAAAGUUAAACAAAAAACGAGAAUUGCUACGUCAUUCGCACACUGUAGAAUGAAUCUCUUUCCAAUCUAAUUCUGUUAGAAUUUUUGUUUUGUUAUGUAGUAAUUAUGUUGUUUUUACUUAAGUUCCAUAAGUUUAAUUUGUUAAAGUUUAUUUUUGUUGUUCAUUUUAUUCUUGGAAAUUUUUCUUCACAGUGCCAUUGAGUUGAUUUGAGUCCAAAUUCCGUCUUUGAUUACUUACUAAGCUCGGGGAGAUUUCAAGUUUGAAAUUGAGUGUUUGUUUCAAAGUGAAAUUUCUCCACAUAUACUCAGAAAACUAGUCAAACAUUGUAAUGUAGUAUUGAAUGACAUCCAUAGCUUCACUGGGUCCUUUCAAUCUGUUAAUUUUUAUGAAAAACUAGUGUUGGAGGAAUUGUGUGGAACACACAUUAAUUUAAAACUUGUCACACUUACUUCCUGCAUAACCUAAUGAGUGUCUAGAGAUUCGUCAUAAAACCGAUAUUUAUACUGUAUUAGUAUUUUUCCAGCUAUGUACAUAAAAAUAGUGCCUAUUUCUAUGAAAAUGUAAAUUGAUAAAUUAGUCUAAAGAACCUAUUUUUAUACUUUUGUAACAUUUGUUUCGUUCCUGAAAUAAAUCAUAUGUUAAGUGUUA